UAUAAACAAUUCAACAAAACUCUUUUUAUAAGAUUCUAACCUCACAUCUUAUUUCUUAAUGAUAAAUUAAAGAUAACACAAUCGGUUUUUACUUCCUUGAUCUUGUAAUUCUUGAGGAAUGCAAUCGUUUACAAUCUAUUUAUAGAUUUCCUUCUUCUGUACACAAAAUGGUAACUUUCAAAAUUAUUACCAAGAACGGUGUCUAACUUCACGUUUGUUCCUCCGUUAUUUAGUUGGUUUGUUGGAUUUGUUUGCGUUCGUAUAAAGUUAUUUAGAAGUGUGUAAAAACGGUGGAGAGGUGGUGGAAAAUGAUCCAGCGGAUUAGUCAUCGUCUACGAUCGAAGUACGAACAUUCCGUACGACGUUAUUAGUAGUGGCGAUUUAAUUUUUUUAACGAACAGUUUUUUACUCGUAAACUAUGGUGGGUUGAAUAGAAUCGAUGCGUUCUUCGCGAAACAUGUCCAGAGACAUCAUUUGCGAAGGUUGGCUGGUUAAAUCUCCACCUUCAAAACGCAUAUGGAGAGCAAGAUGGAGAAAACGAUGGUUUACUUUAUCACCUGGGGAAUUUCCACAACAAUACAUUUUAACUUAUUACUCCGAUAAGAAUUAUAGGAAAUUAAAGGGAUUCAUUGAUUUAAGUCAUUGCGAACAGGUCGAUGUUGGGUUUAAAUUGGACGAUCGACGAAUAUGCGAUAUGCAACAUAUUUUCGCUAUCAAAACUGAGAAAAGAAUUUAUUAUUUAGCUGCUGAAACGGAAACCGAACUUCAGAAUUGGACUAGAUAUGUUUGCGAUGUUUGUGGACUUAAACCUACUAAUGGAGAUGAUGGAGUUGAAGCCCAUAGUGUAAUAGAUGAACCUUUAACAAACGCAACAGACCAUCACGACCAUCAAAACAUGGUUCAAUUAGAACUUAGAAAUACGUUGGAAACCCCGCCGAUAUCCCCAGUUAGCACAAGUCCUUAUAUUCCAAUAUCAGAAUGCAUCACAGGAAAAUCGCCCGUGUUUUGUACAAAAGAUUUAAGCAACUUAACUAAAGAAAUGUUACGAACGACCUGUGAUCCAAUCCACGUAAAUAGUUUAUCAAAUCAAAUCUAUGAAGGUCAUGAGUACCACAACUUCGUUGCACCUCCGAUAAAUUACGAAAUUCCGCGAUCUUUACUACCUAAAUUAAGUAAACCGCCUGAUGAUGGCGCGAAAGGUUCCGAUUUUGAUUCUGAUAGUGUUUUUACGGAUGAUACUUGGUCGGAAAGUACGGUAAUUGGUGAUAAGGGACCAAGAACGCCGAAAUAUUCUGAUAGUUCGGCCGAUAUGGACGCAUUCCUCGCACAAAGAGUUGGUCGGCUUUCUAUGGAUUCAAGUAAAAUUGAGGUGGUUCCACCAAGACCCCCAAAACCUGCACAUAUCAAUCAAGGCAGUAGUUACUUAAACAUAUCAGGACAAAGUAAAAUAAGUAAUGUUAAUGAAGAAGUUAAACACUAUCCGAUUAAUGAUGAAACGUACGAUUUUCCAAGAUCGCAUCGUUUUGGGGGUGAAGAAGCUUCUUCAUUAAAUAGAAGACAUUGUUAUAAUAACGCCGCUCCCGGUAUAUGUGGAGAUGGAAAAAUUUUUAGGUUCGAUGUUAUAACAAAACCUAACCCCAAUACAAUUUCACAGGAUUUUCAUUCAGAUACUGAUGCAGCAAGUGAUAUUCCACCAUCACCAUCUUCACAGUGUUCCUCAGCCAUGUAUUCAAACCUACCUAGUCCCAAUUUAACAGAACAGGUCUUAUCUCCGCCACCUGUUGUAAAUCGUGGGUUAAAACCAAAACGAAAAUUAUCCGAUACAAGAUCAAUAACUUCAAAUCCUGAACCGUCUUCGCCUCGUUUAGCUCCUAAUGUGGAUAGACACUUAAAACCACUCCUAAGUAUACCCAGUCCCGAUCCAGGAUUAUACACAAAUUUAAUUCCAAAUAAAGGUACUAAUCGUAAAAUUCGCGCUGCCCCAAGUCCAACUCCACCAACAGAACGUCGAUCUUUCAGUGAUGUUUCAUGUGAUAAUGAAGAGGUGUUUCGUAUCUUUCCAAACAAAGCCAAAAUGAAGGAUUAUUUCAAAUUGGAGUAUUUAGAUUUGGAUUUGGACGCAUUGGGGGGUCCUGCGCCUACGGUACCUGGCGGUAGCAUUUGUAGCGCGACGAGCGAUGAUACGAUUUAUAAAAAGGUGGAUUUCUUCCGAACCGAAGCGUUUAAAAUGACAAAAACUAAUUUGGAAAAGGAACGGAAUAAAUUUUCUUAAACGAAAGAAAUGAAUUUAAAUAUAAAGUUUUCGUUAAAUCAAUUUGUUACAUUGAAAGUAAAAGUAUUUUUGUGAUGAGUAUUUUUUUACAAAUUAAAAUGAAAUAUGGAAUGUAUUUUUUCUAUAUGAGAAUAAGGUUAGGUGUUUUUUUUUGUUUAAUUUUCUUUAAGUGUAAUAUGUUUAGCUUUAAAAAAAUUAAAAGAAUACAAAUAGACUACUAUUAAAUUUUAUUGUUAGUUUUGUGGCCAUUGUGAAUUUCUCUUUUAAUAUUCUAGUUU